AUGUCGGAGCCUGAACGGAAUAAGGAGGGUGCUGUGACGAAAGCCAUCAUCGUCGUUCGUCGUCAAACUUCUACCAGCCCACUGCCAUUCCUUGGCUCACCGCUGAAAGGCUUCAAGAUCUCCUUCCAAGGUUCGAUAAGCGUCCGCAAAAUAGAUGAUGAUGCUAACCAGGAAGAGAAAGCACGUAAUUUUGACGAAUCCAGAGAUGUAGUCCUUCUUCGGCGUUUGCGCAAAAUUGCUCGUCUCGAAGAGGAGAUUCGUGAUUUGGAAGUGAAACACCGACUGAAGGUUGAUGAGUUGUCGGAUAUCUUAGAGGAUUAA